AUGACUGCGAUAUCCGCUCCCCCACCUGUUCACUCAGCCCUAGAUGCCAUCGGCAACACACCAUGCGUACGACUGCGUAGUGUUGUACCGGAAGGUAGCGCCGACGUGUAUUUGAAGCUUGAGUCUCUCAACCCCACGGGCUCCUACAAAGAUCGCCUGGCCAGAGCCAUAGUUGAAGAGGCAGAGCGCCGAGGAGACUUGAAGCCAGGCUCGACUAUAGUCGAAGCCACCGGCGGUAGCACGGGGUCUUCUCUGGCCUUUGUAUGCACCUUGAAGGGGUACGGGUUCCAUGCCGUCUGCUCGGAUGUCUUCGCCAAAGAGAAAUUGCGCACGAUGGCUGCUUUCGGGGCUUUUGUCGAUAUCGUCCACAGUCCCACCGGAAAGAUUACGCCAGAUUUGUUUCCGUCUAUGGUCAAGAAGGCGAAGACAAUCGUCGAAGAAAACGAGGGGUACUACGCCGCAGACCAGUUCAAGAACAAGGACUGUAUGGCGGGUUACAAGACUCUUGGAGACGAAUUGGUCCAGCAGUUUCCACAAGGAAUUGAUGCCUUCUGCGGUGCCAUUGGCGGCGCUGGCAUGGUGAUGGGAGUUGCAAAGGUGCUUAAAGGUGUGCGUGCCGAUACAAAGAUUAUCACGCUUGAGCCUGCAUCAUCGCCUGUUGUUGCCAAGGGACACGGAGGUGUCCAUGGAAUUGAAGGUAUCAGCCCCGGAUUUGUUCCCCCAUUGCUUGACGACACCUUAUACGACGAAGCACGAGCGUAUCCGGAGGAUGAGGCGCGGGCCAUGUGCCGUAGACUUGCAAAGGAAGAGGGACUUUUGACGGGAACUUCAACAGGACUUAAUGUUGUUGGAGCUCUAUCCUUGGCUAAGGAACUUGGCCCUGGCAAAGUGGUUGUCACGGUGGCUUGUGAUACGGGUCUCAAGUACACGAGCGGCACUCUGUAUGAAUAG